UGCAAAACGUAGGGUGCUCAAUGCAACUACUGCCUAUUUUAAGAAACUCGAUCCGCCCCUCCCACCUACCUCCGCGCUCAUCCUCCUCCCCCCCGGCCAGAUCUGGCCUCGGCGAGCUCGAUUCCGGCGGAUCCGCAGGGAGCACCCGUAGGCCACGACUAGCUUAUCAUCAGCCGAUGUUUUAAUUGGACUUUAAAUCAAGAUGUCGCAAUUGAAGGAAGUGAGGUACACUGCACGGUCCAUCACACCUCCUUUAAAUAGAAAUGGUUCUUCAAAGUCACCCCCUCCAGUGAGACGUAGUGCUUCAAGGUCACCUCCUCCAAAGAGGAAUGCCUCAAGAUCUCCACGGCCAGGGCGACACAGUACUUCAGGGUCUCCUCGUCCUAGAGGGCGUGGUAGAUCAAGGUCAAGGGAUAGGAGUCCAUCCAGGGAUAAGAGCGAAGAUGAUUUAAGAAAUCCUGGGAAUAAUCUUUAUGUCACUGGGUUGUCCACACGUGUAACUGAAGCUGAACUUGAGAAGUUCUUUAGUACGGAAGGAAAGGUUAAAAACUGUCAUGUUGUUCUUGAUCCUCGUACUAAAGAAUCUCGGGGCUUUGCCUUUGUGAGUAUGGAUACUGUUGAGGAUGCAAGACGCUGCAUCAAGCGCCUGCAUCGCACUGUACUUGAAGGCCGCCUGGUCACCGUAGAGAAGGCUAAAAGAACUCGGGAGAGAACUCCUACUCCUGGAAAGUACUGCGGCCGAAGAGGUUCUGAAAAGCGCUCUAAGAGCCCAUCACCUGCCCGGCCUCGCAGAAGGGAGCGUUCUCGCUCAAGGGACCGCAAAAGGGAGCGAUCACGCUCGAGGGACCGCAAAAGGGAGCGGUCGCGCUCGAGGGACCGCCGGAGGGACCGCUCACGCUCGAGGGACCGCCGAAGGGACCGCUCACGCUCGAGGGAUCGACGCAGGGACCGCUCGCGCUCAAGGGAUCGCCGCAGGGACCGCUCGCGCUCAAGGGAUCGACGGAGGGACGGCUCGAGGGGUCGGCGCAGGGACGGCUCGCGCUCGAGGGAUCGCAAGGGCAACUCGUCACAUGAAAGAGAUUCACACAGAAGCCGCAGAGAUCGGUCCAGGUCCCCAACCAGCAACGGGAACCACAAAACAGACUAGCGCUCAGGUGACAAGUUUUCACUUCGGGGUUAGCAAGUACCGGUGUGAACUCAUAGGGCUGCCUACAAAGAUUUACCAGAUCAGGCACCCUUGGUCUGGUAGUCGUAUUUAUUAGUGUUGCUGUUGAGUACGCUGUGAUGCACUGAUGUUAGCUUUCUGAUCAAAAUACAAUUAUUGUACUUUUAUGGUAUUGCGAAAUGCUUUUGGAACAUGUUGCUGGGUUCCUAUACAAUAUUUUGUAGAUGUGCUAAUUGCAAGGGGCAUCCGGGUUCAAUUUUUAA